AUGAAGGUCUUCCAUCUCGUCGGCGACGGUACAGGCUUCGGACUCAUCGCCAUCAUCAGCGGAGCCUGGGCCGUGAACAACACUAAUCCUCCGUCGUGGAUUUUUGACGACUUCCUGUCAAUACCGGCAUUGGCGACCAACGUCAAGACACGGUCUUUCCUAUCCUUGAUACAGGUCGAGCCGGUGCAGAAAACAGCCAACCUCCGCGGAUAUAAAAAUACAGUGCCUCUGACGGAAAUCACUGAGGGCAUUCUGAAUGGUGUGCUCACGAAAGCCCAGUAUUGGGCCGAACAGUUGCAACUCAACUCGGACCAGAUCAUCAGUUACGAUGUCGAGCCGUUCCUUCCGACCAUCCUCACGCACAGAGCCCCGUCGGCAUACCCGUGGACGCGCACUGAGCGCUACCUGCCGUUGAACAUAUAUUUCAGCUGGUCGGACGAGACUUUUGACAGCGAGUACUAUGCUGCGAUCACGCAGACUGCGACCAAUCUGACGUCUGCUGCGGUGGAGGGGCAAACGAACAUCUCAGGCGUGCCGCACUACCCGAAUUAUUCGCUGUACGGGACACCGAUCUCGGACAUCUGA